AUGUACGACUACAUAUUAGCGAAGCAUUCUGUAAGAUGUAUCAGGAAAACACCUUGUCAAUAUGCUACGGUUUGGAUCGUGGAUUUAAAAAAUUCAGGCUUUGCUGUUAGUUAUAAAGAUAACGGCGAAAACCCGAGAGGCGAGUCACUAAAGCAGAUGAUUUCUCUUCAAGAGCUAAUCAGCCAAGAGGAAGGAUGUUCUCAGAUCACUCGAAGGAUGUGA